AUAGAUAACAAAUAUUUCGGCGAGCUGCAAAGUACCGUCAAAGAACUUGGAGGAAAAUACGAAGAAGAUUUAGGAAAGCUUGUGAAAGAAAUACAGGAUAAACACGAACAGGAAAUUGAGAGUUUAAAAUUUGGUUAUGAACAGAGUAAAGCACAGGAAUUAGAAAAGUGUAACAAGGAGUUGACGGAACAAUUUGAGGAUGAAAUUCGGUCCCUGAAGUCUCGCCAUGAAAUUGAGCUGGAGGACUUAAGAGGGCAAUUUCAGGACCACAAAUUAAGAGAUUUUGCGAAGCUUAGUGCUAAGCUAGCUUUACAAAAUGCACAGGCUUUGGAGAAAAUGCGGCUUAAGCUUACCGCAACCCAUGAACAAGAAAUGGAGGAAUUAAGGAUGGAGAGCCAAAAAGAUUAUGAAAGAACUGCUCUAAGGUUGUCAGGAGAUGUGGAAACCAUGGAAAUAGAACAUCGAAAAGCUUUGAGGCAGUUAAAAGCGGAUUUGACUGAGAAACACGAAAAAGAAAUGAAAGAAUUACGGGAGGAGUUGAGUGCUAAAGACAAGCAAUUGAUUGACUUGACCAAGAGCCAUGGCGAGGAAUUGGCAGAUGUGAAGAAUCGACAAUACAAUGAUCUGUUGGAUGAGGUUUCGAACGUGAGGGAAGAGUUUGCGUUACAAGCAGUACAGCAAGUUCAAGAAGCGAAGUUAGAAAUGGCAGAAGACAGUUUUAAAAAGGAUGCUGUCAUCCAAGAAUAUGAAGAUAAGAUCCACCAGAUCUUAGAACAACACGAAAAACAGAUUAAAGACUUGAGUACGGAAUAUGAUUUGCAGAUAAGAGAACUUAGAGACGAGCUUGAAUUAUCUAAGCAAUGGGCAACAAACGAUACCGGGAAAGAGGAAGAACUGUUGGAACAGUACGAAGCGAAAAUUAAAGAUAUUAAGCAGCAUUACGAAAAUGAGAUUGCGGUAUUAAAGCACCAAAAUCAGUCCAUAGACGAAAGUCAAGACGUUAAUGAGAAAUACUUGUCGGAGGAAAUGGAAAAGUGUCGUAGGCAAGUCGAAGAGUUAGGAGCUAGAUUACAAACAGAAAGAGAACAGUUUAAGGAUAUUCAUGAAAGCAUGAAAGUUUCUCACGACGAGGAACUUUCUGCUUUGAAAAGUGAACUGGAAAAAAAGCACGAACAGGAGUUGAAUGAAUUGAAGAAGCAUUUCGCUGAGAAUGUCGAGGCGUUGAAAGAUGAACUCCUCGUCGCUUCGGACGAGGCAAAAAUGCAACUUUUUACCGAAGAACUAGAAAAGAAACACGAAGCUGAGGUUGAGGCGCUUCGGGAACAACUUGUCAGUCAGCAUCAAAAUGAAAUGUUGAAUUUUAAAGAAGAGAUGAGCAGAGAAGUUGAAGCAUUAAAAGAACAAAUGCUUGACUUGUCUGAGCAGGAGAGGUUCGAUAUUUUGAAAGAAAACUUGGAGCAGGAAUACGAAAACAAAAUGGCUGCUUUGAGAGAAGACCUAGAACGACAAAAUGAGGAGGAAAUUAUUAAGCUUAAGCAGGCCUUUGCGGAUUCUAGGGAAAGUCAAACGGAUGAAGAAGGAAAGGGGCCGUCACAAGAAAAACAGCUGGAAGAAAUCGAACAAGUGAAACUUGAACUCGAAGCUCAACAUCUCCAAGAGAUGGAGAGACUCAAGGAGGAUAUGUUACAUGAAGUGAAAACCCUUCAGGAUCAGAUUCAGCUUUCCGCUGAAAAGGAUAUGGAGGAAUUAAGGACUCGUAUGCGGGACGACAUGAAUGAUAUGAAAGGAAAAUACGAGAAAAGAAUGGCUGAAGAGAAGUCAAACCUGGCAGCGGGUAUGUAAACAUUAUACCUUUUUUUCAAUUGUUGUGGACCCUUUUACUCCCAAAAGUGACCAAAGUCAAAAUUAAAUAAAAUUUCCACAUUAACAUUUUGUAAAAUGGAGAAAGUCAAAAAGUACCAUGUAAAAGUACUGCUGAAGAGGUUUCAUUUGAAUGGUCACACCGUGAAAUUUGGUCCACAGACUCAAAAGUUAGAACCUACAUACUAAAUAAAUAGUACCAUGUGAAAGUACUGCUGAAGAGGUUUCAUUUGAAUGGUCACACCGUGAAAUUUGGUCCACAGACUCAAAAGUUAGAACUACAUACUAAAUAAAUAGCACCAUGUGAAAGUACUGCUGAAGAUGGUUAAUUUGAAUGGUCACGUCAAAGGAUUUCAUUUAACACAGACUAUUAAAAAGGUUAUAACGAACUUACUAGUCUCUGUUGUGGGCGUUUUCCAAAGUCAGAAUUGAUGGCCAGACCAUGACCGGACCAGUCAUUUUUACGAUGAAAUAGGCUUUUUUCAAGAUUUUUUUUCCUGAGAAACACUCUCUUUCGGGCAUAAUAUUUACGAUUUGACUGAUCUGGCUGGAUAGUAAAUUUGAUUAAAACUGAAAUUCUUAUUCUGACGGGAAUGGUCUGGCGGAUCAGUUAUGACAAAUGGAAAGCGCCCGUAGGAAGCUAAUGGCUCACUUCUUAUAAACUCAAGCGUCCAAUAAUGGAAUUUCUUCUCUAAUUAUUCGUAACAUUCAUAUUGAAGAGUGCUAUAUGAUUUAAUUUGAAAUAGAAAUUUACCUUCCCAUCUCGUAAAAGAGGAUUGUAAUUCAGUUUACUGCAAACAAAGAGCUUGUUGUUUAAUUGUGUAUCACUAUUAAGUCAUGCAAUUGAUCUUUGAUCAAUUCGUUUUCUCUUGGGACAACGCCAUUAAAAGCGAUGUGGAAAUGAUUAUCUUAAGUGAAAUGCAAGUUUCAGCAUUUCCAUAAUCGUGUUAUCGAAGUAACACAAUCAAUGUACCAAAGUGAUUUAUUCCUAGCGUAUUUUUUUAAUUUUCAUUAUUUUUUUGCAAUGUGGUUGUCACAGUAAGAAACUGGUAAGGCCAAGACAUCGUCAACGCGGAGUAAUUGUUUUAUCGAACGCAAAUUUCUAUAAGAAUUGCGAACAAAUCAGAGCUAGAACUGAGUCGAUUUCAGCGGCAGGAUGUACAUUGUAAAAUUGUACGCCGCACUGCAGCAAAACUGCUGAAUGGCCUGCGAUAGCAGUUUUAAAAAAGGUGAGCUAUGCUCAUAGUUGCGGUGCUGUGUUUUAUGCUAUCAUCGGUGAACGUCUCCUUGUCGAUUGAUUGCACCAGUUACUGUUUCAACAAGGUAUUUUGAAGUUCUAUCAGGCCAGACAUUGUCCAUUGACCGGCCGUUAUUUUCUUCUGUCUUGCUCAAAACCGGUUUUUUGACAUUAGGCUGUCGACCUUAAAUUCAAAUUUAACUACAGCAGGUGUGAAAUCUCUGCCUAUUCAAGGAGCAUAACAAUUUCAGUUAUCUCUUAAAAUUUGAGCCCGACAUACCGAACAAUUUCGGAGAAAUUCUCCUUGAAAAACUCCAAAAUUUACAAAGAAUGUAUGAGCUCAUUAACGUUUUGCCACCCAACAAUUUCGCAGUUUUUGAUUGUUGCUAUUUUCUUUGUUAUUGAUUGCAAAGAGCCGAAACUUGCACACUGCUCAAAUUAAUCAGCUAUUUCAAUUUUUGAACUUAAUUUGUAUACACGACCAGGUCGUCUAUGGGUUAAGUCCAACGCUAUUAUUGAGCAAAAAUGUAAAUAAUGACGUGAAAAUGAAUCCUCAUAUUUGCACAGAACACCAAUCAUCAAUGGAGCAACAGGAAGCCCAACACCAGACCGAUGUUGAAGCUCUACAAAAGAAACAUGACGAUGAACUGAAGGCUCUACAGGCGCGAUUCAACGAAGAACUGACCGCUGAACGAGCUAAGCUGGAAGAAGAGAAGGAGGCGGACCUGGCGCGCCUGCAGGAAGCGCUCAGAGGAAAUCUCAGCCAGCAGCAGGAGUUGCAGUUACAGAUGCUGAAGGAGCAUCACGAUCGUGAACUCGAGGCUGUCCGCGAAGAGCUGGUGCGAACUCAUAUGGAGAAAUUUACGGAGAUGACGGCGCAGCUGGAGGCUGAACACGGGGUUUGUUUGUUGUUUGUUUAUAUAUGCAGAUGAAUGAAGUAGUCAGUUUCUAAAAGAAACUGUUUUGUUGCGUCGGUAGGGCAGUAAAAUGCAAAGAAAAAAAAAUUGUCAAUUGAUUUGAUAGAGAAUGUUGGCCAUCGUAAUGGGAUUGGAAACAUGUCGUUUAGGGACGAAGCUUCUUUAGAGCGAAUCUUUACCAGUGGCGCGUCUAGGGGAGGGGCCCCCUUAUUUUUAGACCAAACUGAGGCCCGAAGGGUAGAAAAUGUUUUUUUGGGAGAUCGGCCCCCCCCUUAUUUCAGGGUAGAGAUGACUGCUCCCCCCUCUUUAUCUGAAUGUCUAGAUCCGCCACUGCUUACUGCGUGAUUGUGUGGGUGAAAAGUGAGAGCGGCGUUUGUAAUGUAUGUCAACUUUCUUUUUCGCCUCGAUAUUUUGAACUAUUAUGACGUUGUAUGGUUUUAGCUAUUAGAGACAUUUAGAUUCCAAGACAAGAACGACUACCAGGGCGAGGUUUUCUUAAUACUGAGUAGUGCAUGCGCGUGAACCAGCGUUAUUUUGGCGGGAAAAUGUGAUAGCCUUCGUAAUUCUACUACGGGUGGCGGAAAAAAGUUAACAAAUGCUAGAAUUGUUAUCAUUAUGCGAUAAACCGUGCCAACUUUUCUGGUUAAAAAAAGUACAGUGGAGCUUUCGGGGGUGUCUAUUUUUUGAGAAUACCCGAAAAAAACUUUAAGUUAAAUCUCGUCCGCGAACCUAAAGGUCUUCUAUUUUUCAGAAUUUCCAGCAAUUUCAAUAGAUCGUUUUCGAUAUAUUGAAAUUCAUACUUUGCUCCGAGGCUUGGGAAAUAAAACAAAAGAAAUGCAUUAUUCAUUACUGAGCUUUGACUUCAACUUCAACUUAAUUUAAUAGAAGAUUCAAGGUGAUUUCUUUUGUUUUACGGAGGAUGUUUUCUUUAAAUCAAAGGCGGAUCUUGAGAAAAUGAAAGAAUAUACCCGAGCAGAAAUGUCUGAAAAGUUCCAAACAGAACUUGAAGAAGCCAAAGAGGUAGCUCGCUACGAACUCGAACAAGAACAUUUAGAAAACCUGCGACAACUUGAGCAAAGCCUGGGUCAAAAACACGAGGAACAGUUACGCGGAUUGGCUGAACUUCAAGGGAAGCACGUACAGGAAAUUAACAUUCUCAAGGCUGGUCACGAGGCGGAAGUAGAACGCCUCAAGAAGGAGCUAGCGCAGGCGCACGGUGAGCAACUGUCGGCCGUGAGUCUAGACGCGGAGAGGGAGGUUUCUCAGGUGAACAAACAUUGUUUAAUAGUAUGUACUUAAAAAACGGCGCUGUUCAGAGUCAUGCAUUUCAGGGGCGGUGUGAACGAGAUUUCGGGACGAAAUUUUCCGCCCCCUGUGUGUGCAAAAGUCGAAUAACUUUGCAACAUGAAAUAAUCUGUUGAAGAGGAUUGAUGUGAUCAUAUUUGACAACACAACAAGUUGGAGGGUACUCGUCCAAAAAAUGUUUAUCUUUGAGAAGCUAAUACAUAAGCAAAUAGUUAAGCUAAAUAAUUGUUAAAUGCAAGGGGAUAAGUAAGACUGAUUACAGUUACAAGAAUGACAAGGGAAAUACAGACCCAUUAACUACAAAUCUUGAAACGCUGAAUAGGUUUAACAGCCUCCAUAGAUAUGCAAUGCCAAAGAAGUGGCAAAUCCUACAUAAGUUCCAAGGAGACAACCAAGAAAGAGAGUAUAUUAAAUCAGCCUAGCGAGUAUUGUAAUUGGCACCUGUUAGGACUAAUUGCUCUCAACUGAAAUCUUUGUGGGUUGUCUAUCUAUAACUUGCCUCAGGUGUCCCACGAAGGAGAAAUGUCUUUAUAAAUUGGGGCUUCGUUAGACUCCUAUAGAGUGUUUCUAGUCUGUCUACAGGAAUAAAAUUUGCCAUAUACAGUCAGCUCUCUCUAAGACCGAUUCCUUUGCGACCGGUACUAUAUGUCUUAGAGAAACGAGCGUCUUAAAGAGAGUCCACUAACAGUGGUACAGAAAGGCAGGGAUCAACUCUAAGUGUCCGUGUUUGCGAGGUGUUUGUCUUACAGGGGUUUAAAAAAGAUUUAAAGGCUUGUUUAUCAUGGUGGAAAGUGCAGUUAGCUUAUCCAGCUAGUUUAGAGGCACUCCACUCAAAUACAACAUAACCGGAUUAAAAACCCCAACUGGCAGGAGGCAACCAAAUGGCUUUUUACAAGCGUGGCAGAGGAUUUGUCCCGAGAACAAAUCCAGCAAGUGGCCAGAGCGGGACUUGAACCUGGGACCGUCAGAUUGCGAGUCCGACGCGCUGACCAUUUGGCCACGCUGCCUCUUAAGAGAGGGGUCGUUAAGAGAGAUAUUUGACUGCAUUGAGCAUCUCUUUCAUCAGAUUAAAGAAGAUUUAGACUCGGCCCAUGCUAAAGAGAUAGACGCGUUCAAAGAAGCGCUGGAAAGGGAGAAAUCUAGAGUACUGGCACUAGAGGCAGUACAGGCCAGCAUGCAGACAGCGCACCGUGACAUCGUGUCACGCAUGCAGGAAAACUUCGAGCAAGAGAUGGAGGGGCUAAGAAACAAUGUAGAUUCUGCUCAUGGUGAACAAGUACAAGAGCUGCAGAGUUUGCUGGAAGAUAGGCAUAAAAUGGUUAGUGUCUUGUAUUGAUAUAUGUAUUUCUGCUUAAAAUUAAAAACAAUCAUAAUUUCUUGGUAAAAUAUGAAAAUGUGACAGCACCAAAUAGGUCACACUUCAGGAUUUCAUCCACAGAGUGAAAAAUAGAAAGCUCCUUUGUGCAGCAUAAUAAACAGCACCACAGAAAAGUACUACUCAGAAGCUUUCACUUGAAUGAUCACACUUAAGGAUUUCAUUCACAGAAUCAAGAGGUAGAACCACCUUGUACAGCAUAAUAAAAGGUACCACAGUGGCUUUCAUUUGAAUGGUCACACUUUAGGAUUUCAUCUACAGCCUCAAAAGUUGGAACCACCUUUCAGACUUCCUUAUCUUUAGAAUAAAACCAUCUUAACAUUUUUAGAUUGGACCACAAGUAGGAGUUUUUAAGCCAAGCUCGUGUGACUUAGAUAAUCACUGGCUACAGCAAUCGUUUUUCAAAGAGUAUCAGUUCUGCAGACAAAUCGUCCCAGAAGUUCCAUCGCCACUUAAUAAACGAGAAAGAAACUGAGCUGAGUUAAGUUUCGAAAAGACUUUUGGGACUGUUAUUGGGGACAGGAAAAAGAAUUUGUCCAUUAGGGAGCUUAGGCAACAAUGACGGCGACAACUACGAAAACGUCACAUAAAAAGGGAAGUCGCGCUACUUCAAAAUUUUUGGCGCUUAUUCCAUCUCGUUCAAUCCGUCAAAUGUUGACAAUUUGUUCUGGAGUUGAAUUCGACGAAGUUCGGGGGAAAAAAAAAGAAAAUCGUUGUCAUGUGUUCGCGUCCUCCUCAAAACGUGAAAGCUCCCUAACUGACCGGCGGGUCCCCAGUAAAGAUCCCAUAAGUCUUCGCGCUAGUUGACUUGGCCCAGUUCCCCUCUCGGUUUUGAGUGGCGAAUACACGUACUUGUACUGGCAAGUCAAAUCUUAAGAUUGCUAUUGAAGAACGUGGGGCCAAGUGCAUAUUAAUUGUCAACUUUGAUUGUUAGGAGCUGGAGCGCGUGCGAUCAGAGUUGCUUGCCGCGGAGGAGAAAGCCACAGCACUAGAAGCCCAGCAGGCAAAAAGUGUUGACGAACUGGAACAGCAGUUUCGACAAGAGAUGGAAACGCUGCAGGAAUAUCUGAAGAGUCAAGAAAAGGAAUAUAUAGGAGAAAUCGAGAGAACAAGGGUAGGAGAUUUACUCCGUAUUAGUCAGCUUAAAGCAUGUAUAUGUCACAUGUCAAAAUAAAUUCAGGUUAAAAUUGUUUAAUAACCUAAGUUGAUUCUCACUUUCUUUAGUCUCUUAGCCGUGAUUUGUCGUGAAUUAGGGUUAGGGGACAAAAACCGGAACAUCAACGUUUUCGUUUCUUAAGGUCCCUAUUAACAUUCCGAGAAUACAUGAUAAAAAUCACUUGGCACGUGUAUAUGCUUGAUAUCGGUGCCCAACACAAGUGUGAACUCAUGAAGCUUGUAUUUUAUUGCAUCAAGAUACUGUAAUAUAGGAGUUAUGGACGAUAAAUUUUGUGAAUGUCAACGUUUUUCAAAGUACGCGUUGAAAUAAGAUGAAAACUAGACGUUCCGAGGAUGUCCCCUCUUUUCAUUGGUUUAAAAGCAACUGAAAAUGCGCGCGCAACCUAACAGGACGAUAAAUGACGAUAAUUGGUGUCCUGUUAAAUAACGUUUAUUCGGAAACCCCCUGGUAAAGUGUCUUCUUUGAUGAUGUUUCUCGGCUUUUCGUCAGUUUCGUUUUAACUUUGGCUACGGUUCUGCAGCUGUUCGAUUUAUUUUUUUUUUUUUCUUGGCUGUUUUCUUAGGAUGAGAGCGAAAAGUUGUUGAACAAACUCCAAGAGAAGCAGUCGCUUAUAAAGGAGGUGUGUGUGUGUACUUUUCUUUAA